UCUGACUAUUUUCGUGCGGUUUACUAGUAAGCUAUUCAGCUUAAUGGCAAUUCAUAGAAUUCGCAGUACGCCCAAUUUGUUUCUCAUUCAAACAUGUGACAAAAAUUGUUACCUUAUUGAAAAAAUAAGUUUUUAUCUGCAACAUAUGAGAUACUGUACCCUUCAAUAUUUACAAAUUGUUUGUCGAUAGCUUACAAUAACGGUUCUUGGAAAGUCAGUUUUGAAAAUUAUAGUACUAAAUUUUCUUUUAAAAACAUUACUAUUUCUCAUCAAAUAUGGAUUCUAUGUCGAAAAAAGAACGUUUGGCACGUGGAUCAGCUGUUAUCAAGGUGAUGCGGGUGAACCCGCGCCCGGGUCGCUUCCUCAAGUCCUACAUAGAUGUGCGCAGUCUGCCCAAGCGACCCCAACCCCCCGCCGGGUCGGCGGCCGCUCUUGCCAUUGGACAACCUCAUUUGGAUGUGAAAAACGCCAACUUUGAGUUCAAUCCUUACUACGCACGAGUUUCAGUUCCUUUCCUGAUGAUCGGUGGCAAUGAAAAAGAAAAGGAGAAGGACAAAAAGAAGGAUCCGUGCGGAAUGGAGGAGGUAGGACAGGGGGAUGCUGGUAAUGAUGUCGAAGAAGAAGAAGAGUAUGGACUACCUGAUGGGGACAAGCGCCUUGGCUGGUACGGCUACAGAGAGUGGGCCAAGAACAUCAACCCGACUCACGACGGCAACAUUGCUGAACACAUCAACGUGCUUCUAGGUCUCCUCAUCUCUAUGGCGGCUGAUCCUGACAAUGAGAAUUUCCCAGACGUUGAAGCCUAUCCGUGUGUGCAGUUUCUGCGAUCGGUGAAAUCACCUGAUGGUGACAUACCCUAUAAUUGCAAAUCGUUCAUUGCCUUCAUUGAGUACACCUGCAUGAAAAUCCUGGAGGAAAGUUGACAAUUGCUAUGUUCCAUAAUGUACAAGUGCCAGUCUUUGUGUUAUUGUGCCGUCUCAUUGUCCAUAUCUGUGAAUGUCUUGUUUGUGAAUUAAAUUUUCCAGUUGUACUGUU